GAUUCCCAAGCCAACCCACAAAAACGUACGGAUCCCUUCCAGUUCGGCACCAGGUUUCUGGAAGAAGGCGACGACAUUUUCGCUCACAACGCCUGGGACCACGUCGAAGUCGACCCCCAAUACCACGACUUCAUCGAGCACCAAACCCUCUUCCAACGCGAGAAUCAGGUCUCAGAUUUCGACAAGAAGCGCUUCAACGCGCAACCGGAAAAGUGGUGGGAUAAAUUCUACUCGAACAACAACGCGAAUUUCUUCAAAGAUCGGAAAUGGCUGGUUCAGGAGUUUCCGAUCCUGGGAGACGUCACCAAAGCAGAGUAUGGACCGGUCACGGUUCUGGAAGUUGGCGCUGGAGCGGGAAAUACUGCGUUCCCUGUCUUGGCGCAAAAUCGGAACCCGGAGCUCAAAUUGCAUGCGUGCGAUUACAGCAAGAAGGCGAUUGAGGUUAUCAGAUCUCAAGAGGCUUAUACGGAGCAGAAGCAGCCUGCUGUACUUCAAGCCGAUGUCUGGGAUGCGGCGGGCACGGAGCUACCACCUGGCCUGGAAGCAGGGAGUGUGGAUGUUAUCGUCAUGAUCUUCAUCUUUUCGGCUCUUUCGCCGGAUCAAUGGGAGCAGGGCGUGGCGAAUGCAUACGAAUUGCUGAAGCCUGGAGGAGAGAUUCUGUUCCGAGACUAUGGACGAGGCGACCUCGCACAGGUUCGAUUCAAGAAGGGGAGAUAUUUGGGGGAAAAUUUCUAUGUACGAGGGGAUGGCACGAGGGUAUACUUCUUUGAGGAGCAGGAGUUGAGGGAGAUCUGGUCGGGCAAAGGGUGGAGUAGUAGCAGCGAGGAGGAAUCUCAUACUGCGGCUGGCUUUGAGAUUGUCAAGCUUGCAGUGGAUCGAAGGAUGUUGGUGAAUCGGCAGAGGAAGUUGAAGAUGUAUAGGUGCUGGAUGCAAGGGCGGUUCAGAAAGCCUUCGGUGCAG